AUGGUAAAUUCCUCCGAGCUCAGUAAUGACACCACUACCCAAGUUAUUACAGCUUUAGAGAUCGUGAGGAUCACGGUCUUGGUCUUGAUGAUCCCCUUCUUCGGCAUCUUUGUGUUCUACAUGGUCAUCAUACUGAAAGUUUUCUUCACCACUCCCAAUGUCAGGGAGACCGCACGUUACAUCUUGUUCAUUCACAUGCUCUUUAAUGAUACGACCUCCCUAGUCACCUCAUACUUUCUCUUCUUAUGUGCAAUCUACCGCGUAGUUAUGCCCAUACCAGUGUGUCUUGUAAUAACCUUUUUACCUACAACUAGGAUUACUUCUUACAACCUGGCCAUUAUGUCCCUGGAACGUUAUGCAGCCAUCUGCCACCCGUUACGAUACGCAGAAUGGUGCACAGCCCAGAGAUCCUGCUAUGCCAUAGCUUACAUGUGGACGCUGGGAUUGAUUCCAAAAUUUAUUAAUCUCAUUGCCUAUUAUUGUUCUGUAGACUCGAGAACCUUUUAUCUCAAGGUUAUCUGUGACUGGAGGUCCCUGGAGCUUGACUUCCAAGUAGUUAUGAGAAUAUUCUUUGAUACUGCCAGCUUCUCCAUAAUGGGAAUAAUUAUCGCCUACACAUAUGUCAAAGUUAUGAUGGUCGCUCGGAGGAUGGACUCUGGAAAACUUGCCUCCAAGGCCGGGAAGACGGUCCUGCUUCACGCGUUCCAGCUUCUGUUAUCCAUGUUUUCUCUUACUAAUGUAAUUACUGAGAAAUAUUUGACAAUAUAUUUUAGAUACCUGCCCCUUAUCAACUUCUUCUUGGUGAUGUGUCUUCCUAGAUUUAUCAGCCCUUUAAUCUAUGGCUUGAGAGAUGAAGUAUUUGGUAAAUCUAUGAGAAAACCAGGAUCCUGUCUCUAUGUUAAAGUUCAUGUAGACCUUAAAAGUAGGGACAUUUUAGAAAAAUCAACAAGGCUGGGUUCCUGA